UUGGUUUUUAAGUACAUAAUUAUUUUAAUUUACCUAAAAUGUAUGUAAACGUUAUAGCACGAGUAUGCUCAUUACAUUUUGAUUCAUCUGAUUAUGAAAAACGAUUGAUCCAAAGAAUGUUAGAGUAUUCUCCUAAACAUCAACAAAAACCCAAUGCUGUACCAUCAAAAAAUUUGCCCAAAAUUCAAAAACCAACAAUUAAAUGUAAUCCUGUAAAUACCCAUACACCACACUCCACACAUGAUAGUUCAUUCCAAUCUAGUUUUCAAAGUUCUACAGCACCUAAAGAAAAAAUUAAUUCAUUUACUUCAAACAAAAAAAAUAAUUGUUUAAAUAAUCUACCUGAUUUUGGAGUACAAUUAUUAAGUGAAACACAAGAUGUUGGUAUUCAGUGUGAAAUAUAUAAGGUGUAUCCUAGACUUCCAGUGGAAAAAGCUGAUGUUAGUACUCAGUAUUGUGAUGACUUGAAUGAAAAAAAUACAAAUAAAAAAUAUGCUAUGAUAAAAAAAAAAGAACAAUUCAUUGGUCCUCAUAAGUGUGUACAAACAGUAGUAGCAAGGGGUUUAAUAGCAUCAUGGAGACAACCAAUAUUUUAUAUGUAUGACACUAGAAUGACAAAGGAUAUUUUAUUUAAUAUUAUUACUGCAUUACAUGAGAGUGGUUACAAUGUUGUCUCAACCGUAAGUGAUAUGGGUCCAACAAAUUUACCAGUAGAUAAAUUUAUAAAAAGUUAUGGAAUGGAUCUUGAAAAUCAAAACAAAUUAUUAAAAACAAUGGAUAAUUUUAUCUCAGAGAUGAGAGUUGUUGGACAUAAAACAUUGUUACCAUUUCAAAAAGGUGAAAAAUCAUGUACUUAA